AUGACGAUGGUGAUGAUAGGUUGGAUUGAAGCAAUGGGAAAAUUACGUGAUAAUACUAUUCCAGACUCUGAAAAACCUGAACUAUAUAAAUCCACAGAAAAUGCAUGGGGUAGUAAAAGUGGACCUGUAUGGGGACAACGAGCGCAUUUGAUGGCUAAUGGAAAAGAUUUCUUUAAUGAAUUAAGAAAAUCUUCUUCAACAAUUGUUGUUCAGCAACAACAGUCACUUCUUCAACAACAACCUUCAAAUAAUGUUCAAUCAACCAAUAGACCUUCUACGCCAUCAUCACCUACAUCAUUAUCAUCAUCCACAUCGUCAUUAUCAUUGACAACAUUGUCGUCAUCUACAGUUACUACAACUGCUGCAACAAACACAACAGCUCCUUCAUCACCUACUACACCCACUACACCCAAAGAACGAAAUAUUAUUCCAGAAACCGUAAAAGUGGUGGUGUUUCAUCAAGUCAGCCAAAGAAAAAUAAUAUGGACAUCUAAUAUCAUAUAUAAUAUAUUAUGGUUUAUUAAUGUUUGA